AUGGGAUGUUCACCUGUUAUUCCAAAACUGAAUGCUACAGCUGAAGAACAACAGCUCAUUGAGAUAGCCUUAGCUCACAAUUGUCUCGUACAAACGAAAAUUGGCUCAACGAAUACAAGUUAUACAGUUCCAGUUUCAUGCUUAAGUAAAGAUGAUGCAGAAGUUAUUCCGGCUGCUAUGUCGAUUGAUAUUCGAAUUGGUGAUCUUGCAACACAAACAGUCGACAUGGUUGUUGUUUGUUCAACGUCACAGAAUCUUAUGAAUGAUAUCUGUAAAAAGGCUGGCAAGGCUGUAGCAGACGAAGUGAAUGCAGCUACUCAAACGGGCAAAAUUAUGAGUGAGGGUUAUGAAACAGUAGGUGGAAAAUUAUUUUGCCAGAAACUCUUUUUUCUACCUUGGACAACGAAAAAACUCGAUGAUAUAACUUUACGUCGGUCAAUACAAAAGUUUUUUCAAACUGCUAUUCAUUAUGCAGUAAAUACAGGGAGAACUUCUCUAGCAUUUCCUGCGCUUGGUUGUGGCGAAUUGAAUUACGAUCCUUCUACGAUAGCUGAAAUAAUACUUGAUGAAACUCAGAUAUAUGCAAAUUAUAAUCUACAAAUAUUGAUCGUACUUCUUCCGGAGAAGACUGAAAAUUAUAAAGCAUUUUGUUUCAAAUUAGCUGAAUUACGACAAAAAAAGUCAGUCAAUAAUCCGACAAAUUUCAUAUAUCCACACUCAACCGUUCAAAUGACAUUAACAGGAUUAGAACAAGACAUAAAAGAAUCUUGGAAACUUAUCCAAAACCACGUCAAUAAAUGUGUUCUCACAGUAGAAUGUGAUGAAUUUCCAUUCUAUACUUGGAAUCAGAAAACGAUUGAUUCUUUCUAUAAAUAUUGUUUGGAAAGACAAAUUCUACCUGAAGUUAAUCGAUCAAAUGACAAAUUAAAACUUUUAGGACCGAAAGAAGAAGUCAAGGAAGCACAAAUAGAAUUUUAUCGAUUGAAAAGUGUUAAAGCUGAAGAAGCACGCAUUGCAUCUUAUGCUCGAGUUGCUGUCUGGUUAUUCGAAAUAGAAAAUAAUACUUUUGAAAAAUAUUCACUGAAAUUAAAUGCAUUGUUUGAAACGGCACUCGAGCAUAACAACGAAGUGGUAAAUUUUAGAAACGAUAACAAUGAAGAUUGUAAAAUAAAAUUGAAAGAAAAAAUUGAGACAUGCGGAAAUCGGCAGCGUCGAGUUAUUCGAAGAGAUUUUCAGAUACCACGUAAUUGGACGGCUCAGUCCGAUAAUGUUCUACGUUGUGUAUUAGAUUCGAAAGACGAAGAAUAUACAAAAUUUGCAGGAGUUGUAUACGGAGUUGGUGUAUAUUUUUCAACCGAUGCAUCAUACAGUCACGGCUACACCUCUGUGAGUCCAACGACUCAUCGACGUUGUAUGUUUUUGGCAAAAGUACUUGUCGGUAAAGCUGCAUCAGGCAACAGCAAAAUGAGGACUCCACCAGCUGGUUAUGAUUCGACAACAGAUAACAAUCAUAUCUUUGUGACUUAUCAUGAUGAUCAAGCAUAUGCUGCAUAUCUCAUCACAUACAAAAGUCCUGGUAAUUGA